GGGGGUAGUGCGGCCAAGGACCCAGUCGAAGGCGCUCUCAUGCCCAAGUACCACAAGGCCAAGACUGAGGGGGGCCAGGAGACCCAGGACAAGCUCUUGGCCGUCUGUCCAUCACUUGCGGAUUCGUGGAAACCACCGCCUGAGGCCACGCCAGAGGAGCGCCUGGCCCAGAAGGCGCAGCUGCUGCGCCAACUCCAGGCUCAGCAGGGACGGCUCAAGAAGCAGCUUGUCCAGGCGGCCCAGUCAUUCAAAGACUUGCAGGACAAACUCAACGUCAACAUCGAUGACUGCCUGGCAACGCAGAAGACGAUCGAUGAGCUCGUGGGCAAGGCCAAGACGGCAGCGCCGCAGUCGGAGGCACGCCAGGCUCAGCAGGCACGGCAAGCAGAAGAAGAAGAUUUCCCAGAGCUCGAUGCAGGAGAGUUGGCUUCCCUCGACGAGCCGACCAGGACGACAUACAAGGAGGCCUCGGAGGCGCACAACAAGGCCCGCAGCGUGCUCAAGAGCGCCACCGAUGCAGGCAAAGCAGCACGUGAGGCAGCAGAGCGGCUCCGCAAAGUCCGUGAAUCAAUCAAGCGGCGGCGUGGAGAUGACGGCCUGGCAGCAGCAGCAGGCGACAAGACAUCCGAGGUGGAGGCCCAGCCAGCCUCCAAGGAGAGGGUCGACUUCAUUGACGCAGCGGCCAUCGAAACAUACAUCGAGCAGACGGCGGCGCUACGGGCCAUGGCAGCGGAGAUCAAGAAGCUGCGCUACAAGGGGUGGCAGUCGCAGUUCACAUGGGCUCCAGCUACACCGACGGGGAGAAGUACCUCAGGUCACGUCACGUCGGCGCACUUGCCCGACGGCACGGGGCAGAGCGUCUUCCAGAAGGAGCUGAGCGACAUCUCGAUCAUCCUCUGGCGUCUGAAGGGGGCGACGCUGGCGCUGAUCUCAGUUUACUUGGAGCGCAGAGUGGGGUUAGACGAUCCAGCCAACAUCGCCAAGAUGAUACAACUUACACGAGUGGUGAGAUCCCUGGGAGUACCAUGGAUUGCGCUGGGCGACUGGAACGUCACACCGGCAGAUAUGCAACUCUGUCCUUGGUUGAAAGCUUUCAGGGGCGAGCUUCUGAUCCCCAAUGACUGCGCCGUCACCUGCGCGACGGGCAAGGGAAGACUCAUUGAUUACGGGAUCCUCUCGCGAGACUUUCGGCCAUUUGUGAGGUUUUCCAAACCAGUGAGAGACGUGCCAUGGAGUCCUCACGUCGGGCUGCAUCUUCGGCUCCACGUGAGGCCGGCCUCGGUCAAGGUGCUGAUGCCCAUCCAGCCAGUGAAGAUCGAGAUUCACACCACGACGAUGCACAAAAAAAGGAACUCAAGCGGGCUCAACGUGAUCGUGAGAAGUAUCUGA